AUGAAGGCUCUGGUUAUUACAUUCUCUUUUUUAGCUACCGUGGAGGCCUCCCUGUUUGAUAUCCUCCCCCGCGCAAGCUCAAACUGUACAACUUACACUGUGGGGACCGGUGAUACUUGCACUGGCAUCGGAAAGUCGCAAGAUGUGACUUGGGCCCAGCUUCUCGCUUGGAACUCUCAAAUCGAUUCUACCUGCUCCAAUCUCGGAAGCCUGGUGAACACUACUAUCUGCGUGAGCAACCCAGUGGGAAACUAUGGCCUCGGAGGCAUGACGACUAUUGUGACUACUACAGCUGCCGUCCCUUCGCCUACUGGAGACGGCACGAACUCUCGCUGUGGUCAAUAUUACAAAGUUGCCGCAAACGAGACUUGCACGACUAUGACGGACAAAUUCAGCAUUUCUCGAAACAAUCUGUGGGCGACCUAUCUUUUUCUGGUUGAGAAGAUCAAAGCUAACGGUGGCAGCCUUUUCCUGAAUCCGGAACUCUUCCAGAACUGCACAAAUCUUCUGGCUGACACCUACUACUGCGUGCAACCGGUGGGGUAUAUUGCGACUUACUCAGGCUACGGAGAGUCAUACAUAUGGUUCUCCGGUGUAAACUUUACAGAGAACACAGCCGCUGACUGCUGGAAUCAAGCAUGGCUAUCGAAUGUUUCUGAUGAGGAAAUCAUCCUCUGGAACCCUUCUUUGGCAUCAAAUGAAACUUCGAGUUCCUCUGCGGUAUCUGCCUCAGCAACCGCCAUCGGCCAGGCUGAAUUUACUCAAUAUCCGUGUACCAUGGCGCCGAGUAGCUCCUACUGUGUCCAACUCGCGACUCCCACCUCCAGCAACAGUAGCACGGCUAUCAAAACACCCGUUCCGCGCGCCAAUGGCGAGAUUGCCAACUGUACCAACUGGUACGCAUCGCAAAGCAAGUAUGACACAUGCUACAGCGUCAUCACCGGUCGUCACCUUUCAUUCGCCGAGUUCUAUGCAAUGAAUCCGUCCGUAAAAAGCGACUGCAGUGGGUUGUCCAUCGGGACAUACUACUGUGUCUCAACCUACGAAGGAGGGUACCCGCCCGGCUUCCCAGGCUGGGCAUCAAGCUCCAGCAGCCCCGUCAGCAGUAUUCCACUGACGAGCUCAACUCCGACUAAUAGUGGGGUUUCAACGCCAUCUCCAAUCCAGACUGGCAUGGUGUCGACCUGUGAUAAGUUCUACAAGGUUAUUGCCGACGAUGGAUGUUAUGAUAUUGCCAACGACCACGGGAUCCCAUUGGCGUCGUUCUACACCUGGAAUCCAGCAGUCAAAACCGAUUGCUCUGGACUACAGGCGAAUGAGUACGUUUGCGUGGGUGUGAAGUCGACUUCCACUUCGGCUGUAACUGCCACCACCUCUGUAUCUGGUGUCACGACUCCGUCGCCGAUCCAGACAGGUAUGGUUUCCACGUGUGAUACCUUUUACGACGUUCAGUCCGGUGAUUCGUGCUAUGAUAUUGCUGACACCCACGGUGUCUCGUUGGAUUCUUUCUAUGCUUGGAACCCAGCGGUCAAGACAGACUGCUCGGGACUCCAGCCAGAUGAGUAUGUCUGCGUUGGUGUUAAGGCAGCCACUGGAACUGGUGUCACGACGCCGUACCCUAUUCAGACGGGUAUGGUUGCUACGUGCGACGAGUUUUACAAGGUCAUCGCAGACGAUUCGUGCGUCGACAUUGCCAGUGCAAACGGAAUUCCAGUGGCUUCUUUCUACAACUGGAACCCGGCCGUGAAGACCGACUGUUCGGGCUUACAAGCGAAUGAGUAUGUCUGUGUCGGCGUAUCUUCCUCGUGA